AGCGUCAAAAAGCUUGAAACUGUGACAAGUCCAUCAUCUCUCUAGAGACGAACGAAUUAUUGCAGAGUUAGAGAGAGAAAGAGAGAUGGCCGAUUCAAAGGUGGAGACCAUCUCCAGACUAGCUCAAUGGAGGAUAGAGAACUUCGGCCCUUGCACUUACAAAAAGUCCGAUCCUUUCAAAGUCGGAAUUUGGAACUGGCACUUAACAAUCGAGAAGAAUAGGUAUUUGUACAUUCGUCUCUUUCCCGAACCCUCUCGAGCUUCGAAAGAGCAGCCUCCGAUCGCUAGAUUUGUUCUCCGAGUCUCUACGACCGGCGCUAACCGCAGACCUUAUAUCUCCCCAAUUCAUGAAAGACUGCUACGGACCAGCGAUGACUUUGUCUGGCCUGUUGAUUCCACUUUUCUUGGUCGCUUUGUCAUUGACGUUGAGUUUCUGGAUUUGAAGAUCUGCCCGCUAAAUAUAGUAUCUAAAAAACUCAGUUAUGAUUCACAGGGUGGGGAAGCCAAUUCUAUAUGGCCCACUGAUGGUACAAUGCAAUCUCUAGCAGCUCAAAGCGCUCUCCGAUGCCUCGGUCGCAUGCUUGAUGAGGGUAUCCAUGCUGAUGUCACCAUUAACACAGCCGACGGAACACUAAAAGCUCACAAGGCGAUUCUUUCCGCAAGUUCCCCCGUGUUCCAGAGCAUGUUCCUUCACAACCUCAGGGAGAAGGAGUCCUCUACAAUCAACAUAGAAGACAUGUCAAUGGAAUCUUGCAUGGUCCUUCUAAGUUACUUGUAUGGAACCAUAAAACAGGAUGAUUUCUGGAAGCAUAGGUUGUCUUUGCUGGGGGCGGCAAACAAGUACGACAUUGCUGACCUGAAGGAUUCUUGCGAGGAAAGCCUCUUGGAGGACAUCAACUCGGGUAAUGUCCUCGAGAGGCUGCAGGAGGCCUGGCUUUACCAACUGAGGAGGUUGAAGAAAGGAUGCUUGAUGUACUUGUUUGAUUUCGGCAAGAUCUAUGAUGUCAGAGAUGAAAUUAGUAACUUUUUCAGGCAAGCAGACAGGGAACUGAUGCUGGAGAUGUUUCAGGAGGUGCUAGUAGUGUGGAAACCAGCAUAAUUCGAUUUUCUCCGUCGAUACUAUCAAAUGAUGGAUAUAUGUGUGUGUGUGUGUGUGUGUGUGUCCAUGUGUAUUAGUGAUGGGUACAUACGAGGCUUAUGGUUGUACAAUGUAGAAACCUGUAGUUUUCGAAAGAAGACAUUGAACACCAGCUAUGGGUGUACUUUAGUUUGUGAAUCUAACACUUUGUUCUGUGUUUAACAAUCUAAUCAGGGUUUGAGUGCUCUGUAUGAAUUUGUAUUUUGUA